UAUCAUUUUCGGUUCCUGAAAACCCAUGACAUUGUUUUUGCCAGCAGACCCAAAACCCAAGCCACAGAAUUUCUUUCUUAUGGCAGCAAAGGUAUGGCCUUUUCUGAGUACGGUGCAUACUGGCGCAACGCCAGGAAACUGUGCACUCUGCAGCUUCUGAGUGCCUCAAAGGUUGAGAUGUUUGCUCCUCUGAGAAGACAAGAGCUGGGAGUGUUGGUGAAGUCGCUGAAAAAUUCUGCAGAAUCCGGUGAGGUUGUUGAUCUGAGUCAGUUGCUGGGAGAGCUUAUGGAGAACAUCGUGUUCAAAAUGGUGUUGGGGCGUGCCAAAGAUGAUAGAUUUGACUUAAAGUUGCUCAUUCACGAAGUGAUGAACUUGAUUGGAUUAUUCAAUCUUGCAGAUUACAUGCCCUGGCUAGGCGUGUUUGAUCCUCAGGGAAUAACAAAAAGAUUAAAGAAAACAGCAAAGUCGUUUGAUGAGCUAUUGGAACAAAUAAUCCAAGAACACGAAAGUAAUCCAUAUGACGAAAAUAAGAAUCGCAAGAUGGACUUUGUGGAUAUUUUGCUGUCACUCAUGCAUCAACCCGACGAUUUUCAAGACGCCAUUGAUAGAACAAACGUGAAAGCUAUCAUAUUAGACAUGAUAAGUGCAGCAUUUGACACAUCUUCCACAACAGUAGAAUGGGCCAUGUCACAACUCUUAAGGCACCCUUCUGUCAUGAAGAGACUUCAAUAGGAGCUAGAACAUGUGGUCGGAAUAAACAGACACGUGGAGGAAAAUGACUUAGAAAAGUUGUCUUAUUUGAACAUGGUGGUGAAGGAAACACUAAGGUUACACCCAGUCGGACCUUUGUUGGUACCUCGCGAGUGUCGAGAAGAUGUCACCAUUGAUGGCUAUUUGAUAAAGAAAAAAACAAGGGUUAUGGUAAAUGUUUGGGCUAUAGGGCGAGAUCCUAAAGUUUGGGAUAGGGUUGAAAUUUUCGACCCUACAAGGUUUGAGAAUAACAAUGUAGAUGUUCGUGGAAAGGACUUUCGGAUUUUACCAUUUGGGUCGGGUCGAAGAGUGUGCCCCGGGAUUCAUAUGGGUUUAAUGACGAUUAGUCUUGUUUUGGCUCAAUUAGUGCAUUGUUUUGAUUGGGAGCUUCCAUUGGGCAUGUCUUGUGAUGAGUUAGACAUGGAAGAGAUAUUUGGGCUCACUAUACCAAGAAAAAAACAUUUAUUAACUAGACCAGUUUAUCGACUACUUGCUUUCCUGAAAACCCAUGACAUUGUUUUUGCCAGCAGACCCAAAACCCAAGCCACAGAAUUUCUUUCUUAUGGCAGCAAAGGUAUGGCCUUUUCUGAGUACGGUGCAUACUGGCGCAACGCCAGGAAACUGUGCACUCUGCAGCUUCUGAGUGCCUCAAAGGUUGAGAUGUUUGCUCCUCUGAGAAGACAAGAGCUGGGAGUGUUGGUGAAGUCGCUGAAAAAUUCUGCAGAAUCCGGUGAGGUUGUUGAUCUGAGUCAGUUGCUGGGAGAGCUUAUGGAGAACAUCGUGUUCAAAAUGGUGUUGGGGCGUGCCAAAGAUGAUAGAUUUGACUUAAAGUUGCUCAUUCACGAAGUGAUGAACUUGAUUGGAUUAUUCAAUCUUGCAGAUUACAUGCCCUGGCUAGGCGUGUUUGAUCCUCAGGGAAUAACAAAAAGAUUAAAGAAAACAGCAAAGUCGUUUGAUGAGCUAUUGGAACAAAUAAUCCAAGAACACGAAAGUAAUCCAUAUGACGAAAAUAAGAAUCGCAAGAUGGACUUUGUGGAUAUUUUGCUGUCACUCAUGCAUCAACCCGACGAUUUUCAAGACGUCAUUGAUAGAACAAACGUGAAAGCUAUCAUAUUAGACAUGAUAAGUGCAGCAUUUGACACAUCUUCCACAACAGUAGAAUGGGCCAUGUCACAACUCUUAAGGCACCCUUCUGUCAUGAAGAGACUUCAAUAGGAGCUAGAACAUGUGGUCGGAAUAAACAGACACGUGGAGGAAAAUGACUUAGAAAAGUUGUCUUAUUUGAACAUGGUGGUGAAGGAAACACUAAGGUUACACCCAGUCGGACCUUUGUUGGUACCUCGCGAGUGUCGAGAAGAUGUCACCAUUGAUGGCUAUUUGAUAAAGAAAAAAACAAGGGUUAUGGUAAAUGUUUGGGCUAUAGGGCGAGAUCCUAAAGUUUGGGAUAGGGUUGAAAUUUUCGACCCUACAAGGUUUGAGAAUAACAAUGUAGAUGUUCGUGGAAAGGACUUUCGGAUUUUACCAUUUGGGUCGGGUCGAAGAGUGUGCCCCGGGAUUCAUAUGGGUUUAAUGACGAUUAGUCUUGUUUUGGCUCAAUUAGUGCAUUGUUUUGAUUGGGAGCUUCCAUUGGGCAUGUCUUGUGAUGAGUUAGACAUGGAAGAGAUAUUUGGGCUCACUAUACCAAGAAAAAAACAUUUAUUAACUAGACCAGUUUAUCGACUACUUGCUUAGGUUAAGAGAGGAUACUAAUGCAAAGCAAGGUCCAUCUAUAUUUGUGGUUGAUUUCAAUUCCAAUUUGAGACACAUGAUACAUCAAAUAAAAUAAUUUCAAUAAUCAUUUUGAUUUUGGAUUUAA